AUGUCUUCCGCGACCCAACUAGCCGAAUUCACCUUCAUCCCACUGGGUGCCAUAAUCCAGGAGUUCCGCAUCGGCGACACCAACAUCGUGCUGGGCUUCCCCACGCAGGACCACUAUGUCAAGUACAACACCGCACACUACGGCGCCACAAUUGGGCGGGUUGCCAACCGUAUCAAGGACGGCGUCAUCCACAACCUGAAUGGUAAGGAGAUUCAUCUAGCCCGCAACAAUGGGCCCAAUGCACUGCACGGCGGUGAGAAGGGCUGGGGCAAGCGGGUCUUCGAUGGUCCGCACAACGUCCAGCGCAAUGGCCACGAUGCUCUGCUCUUCAAGUAUCUCUGCAAGGAUGGCGAGGAGGGGUACCCCGGUACCGUCGAAGUGCGGGUCUGGUACACGGCGAGCAAGGAGAACGAUGGCGCGGCCAAGAGCGUGCUGACGGCCGAGUACGAGGUGGAGUUUGUCGGUGACGAGUGUGAGGAGACGGUGGUCAACAUCACCAACCACAGCUACUUCAACAUAACCGGCGGCCCGACGGUGUCAGGAACCACCGCCCAGCUCGCAACCGCCGACUACCUACCUCUCGACUCCACUGGCAUCCCUCUCGGCACCAUCGACAAGUUCCCGCGCGACGUGGCUUCCCCCUUCACGCUGAACACCAGCGACCCGCAUAUCGACGACGUCUUUGUCAUGGAGACUGAUCCGUCUAAGAUUCCGCUCGACACGCGUGGCCUGCCACUGCGCCGUCUCGCGCAGUUCAGCCACCCGGGCACCAAGCUGCACCUUGAAGUGCACAGCACGGAACCCGCCUUCCAGUUCUACACAGGCAAGUACAUCAAUAUCCCCGAGAUUGACGGUGCUCCGCCGCACGGCGAAGGCGCCGGUUUCUGCGUGGAGCCAAGUCGGUAUGUCAAUGCUAUCAACGAAGACAAGUGGCGCAACAUGGUGCUCCUCAAGAAGGGGCACAUCUUUGGUUGCAAGACUGUGUACAAGGCGUGGAAGGCCUAG